AUGGAUUCAAUGGAACCAGAACAAACCCCUUUCGAAGCUGUGAGCGCGCAAACUUCGAAGAUAGGACGUCAAUAUCAAGCUUGGUUAGACAAGUCAACACCAUAUGUUCCUUACAGAUGGCUGGCCACUUUCGCGCUUCUAUUGAUAUUUUUCAUUCGCAUAUUCGUCGCACAAGGAUGGUAUAUCGUGGCAUACUCUUUGGGAAUCUACCUUCUCAACCUUUUCCUCGCUUUCCUCCAGCCUAAGUUCGAUCCCUCUAACGAAGCUAUGGAUAAUGAUAUGGAGGAUGGGGCCGCUGGUGGAUUGCCAACCAAACAAGACGAAGAAUUUCGCCCAUUCAUCAGAAGGCUUCCCGAGUUUAAGUUCUGGCAUUCUGCGACAAGAGCAAUCGGAAUCGGUUUCAUUUGUACAUGGUUUGAGAUCUUCGAUGUACCUGUCUUCUGGCCAGUUUUGGUUGUUUACUGGUUGAUUCUGUUCAUGUUGACUAGUAGGUUAUUCCAUUUACACGCCAAAAAAGAGCACAGUAGUGUUUAA